GAUGCAAAUGACGGCGGCCUCAAAAGUACGUUCGAGACAACAACUCUGCCGGUGUUCUGGAUUCAAGUUAUGGCUGAACACUCUGAGAUAGCCACAAUAGCACUGUUGCCAUUUCCGACAUGCUACCUGUGUUCUGCGGGGGGUUUGUGCAGCAACGGCGACUAAAACAAAAUGACGAAGUAGAUUCGACAUGAAGCACACACUUCAGGUGUCAUUGUCUCCUAUUACCCCGAGAUGGGACCGCCCGCUUGCAGAAAAUCAAGCUCGGCGCUCGCACUGAUUCAUCAUUGUGUCAAGCAUGCGGUCAACCAGAACACCACCGUGGAGCCUUUUCCCGAAGGCAUGGGAACCAUCAUGUUUGGUAUGGGUUGUUUCUGGGGCGCCGAGAAGUUUUUCUGGAAGGUUUCCGGUGUCUUCUCCACCCAGGUGGGAUAUGCCGGCGGCUUUACACCCAACCCCACCUACGAAGAGGUCUGCACAGGCAUGACUGGACACACCGAGGUGGUGAGGGUGGUGUUCUCUCCCAAAGACUUAAGCGUGGAGGAGCUGCUGAAACUCUUCUGGGAGAACCACAAUCCAACACAAGGUAUGAAGCAGCACGCUGACGUCGGGACUCAGUACCGUUCGGCCAUUUACACUUCCAGCGCCGCACAGCAGGAGCUCGCACUGAACAGCAAAGUGGCCUACCAGAAGGAGCUGGAGGCAAAGGGCAUGGGCGCCAUCACGACAGAAAUUGUGGAGUUACAGCAGUUCUACUAUGCCGAGGACUACCACCAGCAGUACCUGAAGAAAAAUCCUAAAGGUUAUUGCGGCCUCAAAGGCACCGGCAUUUCAUGCCCUAUCGGAGCAGACAAAACCGAGGUAUAAGGAUUACUACGGAAGAUCGGUUAACAUUAAUUGAGUCGAGAUCGAGGCCUUUCCUGAAACAGUCAAUUCUGCGAUUAGCAAACCAGGUGUGGGUUUUUUUCUCAUAAAUUAAUCAUGUUUAAUCGUGAGAAUUUCUCCAUUGUGAGACAAAUAAACGUGAUCUCAUGUUUAAUCAUCUCGUACUGUAAUCGCGAGAAUCUACAGCCUUCAACAAUCAGCGUUUACUUUUUCCCUCAAUAAACAAGUGUACUAGAUGAGACAAAUCGUGAAAGAGUCCAUCUCGUUUUUUCCGAACUAACAAACCGAUCACGUUUUUUUUUUUUUGAGUUUGGACAUGUGAUAUUUGCAAGCUGAGCCCUAAUUGGUCAUCACCCGAGCAACUUUGAUGUCAUUUUUUUUUGUCGACGGCAAUUGGUAAAAUGUCCGUCCCUGACGUGGGUAAAAAUCAGUGGAUUUUGGAGCUAAAUUCAUUAUUUACACAACCAAAUAGUCAUUAAAAUGC